AUGAAUGAGAGUGUCAUGCGAGCGUACUAUGAGGCGACAGGUGGGGGAAUUAAUCUCACUGCGUAUCGUUCAACGAUGUUGUCUCUGUUUCAGGCGCUUGAACCAACCGUCACCGUAACCGCACAACGACUAUCGGAUCAAGUACGAGCCAUUCAGCGUUGUCACCUCCUGGAUGAAUCAGUACUUGAGCGGCUGCGUACAAAUUUACCACAACUUAAUACUGUUAGUCACAUUCGUGAUAUACAAACAUCACAAAAAGAGCAAAGAGAGGUAAUAAAUUUUAAUAUAAAUCAUAUAUCUCCUAACAGUGUUGAUUUGUCGGUAAACGAACAGGAUAAUGAGCCUAUGAGGAGAGCUUUGGAGGAUGCUAUUUUGAAAUAUAGAUCCUUGCCACCAAAUAUUAGGCCACAGCUACCUCGUUUGCCUAUUCACAGACGUAAUUUGGCUUUAGUAGGUGUUAUGGAUAAAAUUUUACAACAAUAUUUAGACAGCACUCAAAAUUUAUCCGAUACUCACUCACUUCUGUACUGUGGAGCUGCAGCUGUUUGUAAUGUAGCUAAUUUGAAGUUUAAAUCAAAUAAAAUUACUUUACCAUCCCAUACAGCUCCAGCUUGGCAGGCCAGAAUUGAAAAACGAAUAAAUUUAACCAGAACACUAAUAGCCAAAUUAACAUGUUUCAGGGCAGGUAACAUGCGUCCAAAAAUCAUGCGGUUUGUACACCAGGCUUUUGCGGGUACAAAUAUAAGAUCCAACGAGUACAUAACAUCAGUCUCGGACCGCAUAGAUUUUCUGAAGCAAAAACUCUGUGCAUGGGCAAAACGCAUUAAGAGGUACGUCGAAACCGGAAAAAUCUGGCUGCCGCUUGGAUUGACUACAAGAAAGCGUAUGAUUCAGUGCCUCAUACAUGGCUUAUGA